AUGGCUGAUGCCAACCCCACAGACAUGGGCAAGAAGCCCGGUCUCGAGGGCAAGGGCGCUCCCCCUCGCCCGCCGACAGCUGACCCGGGCCAGCGUUCUGCCUCGGGCCCGCCGGCGGGCUGGGUGAGCGUGCGUCCCAAGGGCCCACCUGCCGCGCUCAACGGCCGUUCGUUCUCGAGUACAUUCAAGAUGGCGGCCGACGAGGAGCAGAAUGCCCAAGACGACGCGAUAAAGAAGAAGGGCUUUGGCGCAAAGGAGGACCCGAAGAGUUUGGGUGGGGAAGCCUGGGUCGGCGUUGUGCGCAACACACUCAACGACAUGUACCCUGGCAUGCUGCCGGACCUCGCGCCGAAGAAGAAGGAGGAACCCAAAAAGGCUGAACCCAAGAAGGACGAAGCCAAAAAGCCCGAUCCCAAGAAGGAAGACCCCAUGGCAGCGUACAUGGCUGCCAUGAACGCCAUGUAUCCGUAUGGUAACCCGUAUGCGAACCCGUACAACCCCUACGCCCAGCAAGGCUACCCCGGCAUGCCCGGCGCGGUCGGCUUCCCGCCUAGCUUCCCCCAGGUCCCUGCUGUGAUCUCCAAGCCACCACCCAAGCCGGCGACUCCAGCACCAGCACCAGCACCGCCGGCCACGCUCUCGCCAGCAGACCAGGCAGCCCAGUUUGCUGCGUACCAACUGUAUGCCCAGGCGGCCCAGGCCAGUGCUGCGGCCCAGGCCAAUCCCCAGGACCCGAUGGCGGCGUACGCAGCGUACGCCGCGAGUGCGCAGUAUAGCCAGUUCUUGGAGAAUGCCAAGGGGGGUAAGUGA